UCGUGUCGUCUCGUCUCCGCCCUUGGCUUCCUCCUGGUCUCUUUAGAUAGAGGCAAAAAAGAGCUCAUGCCCCUCCUCCCUCUCCUCUCUCUUGCGCGUCACCUUCGCUUGGGCUUCUACAGCGAGCUUUCUCCACCUCGAUCCCCUCGAAUUCACCGUCUCAGAUCGCUUCGAUCGGAAUUCGAGCCGAGGGAGGAGGCGCAGUGGAGAAUGAUCGAGCGUUUGCUUCUAGUUGGGGUUUGAUCCGCGGUUCGUGUGUGAAAGAAAGCAGAAAAGAGGAUCUUGGUUACUUACGUGGUUUACCCACGUCGGUGUUUCAUGGGUCGAUGAAAGGGGCGCCGGAGGAAGCACUGAUGGGUUCCCAACUUAAACGGCCCAACGUUCCUCGAGUGGAUCCGUCUAUGCAAACCCAUAUGGCGCCGGCAUCGGCAGCAAGUAAUACUCCCAAACUCACCACUAACGAUGCCCUAGCCUAUCUCAAGGCCGUGAAGGAUAUAUUUCAAGACAAAAGGGAAAAAUACGAUGAAUUUCUUGAGGUCAUGAAGGACUUCAAGAGCCAGAGGAUUGACACUAAUGGGGUCAUCAUGAGGGUGAAGGAAUUAUUUAAGGGUCAUCGCGAUCUGAUAUUGGGCUUUAACACCUUCUUGCCAAAGGGAUAUGAAAUUAAGUUACCGGAAGAAAAGAAACCAGUUGAAUUUGAGGAAGCAAUCAAUUUUGUCAACAAAAUUAAGAAUCGUUUCCAGAAUGAUGAUCACGUUUACAAGUCAUUCUUAGAUAUUCUGAAUAUGUACCGAAGGGAGAAUAAGUCAAUCCAUGAGGUCUACCAGGAGGUAGCAGCUCUCUUUCAGAAUCAUCAUGAUUUACUCGAGGAGUUCACACACUUUUUGCCUGAUGCCUCUGCAACAUAUGCGCCACAUCAUGCAUAUUCUGGUCGAGGCUUUGUGCAACGAGAUGACAGGAGCUCUUUGAUGCCUACAGCAAGGCAUAUUCAUGGGGAUAAGAGAGAGAGAUCUUAUACGUCACAUGCCGAUCGCGAUUUUAGUGUUGAUCAUCCUGAUACAGAGCAUGAUAGGCAGAGAAGGCAUGCAGAAAGGGAAAAGGAUAGAAAGGAAGAUAGGGACAAGAGAGACCGUGAACGGGAUGAGAAGGAUAUAGAGCAUGAUAGUGGAGAUUUAGAUGAGGCAAAUAGAAGGCAUAAAUUUCAAUCUAGAAGAAUGGAUGACUCUGUUGCUGAGCCAAAGCAGCAAAGGGGUGACUGUACCGAGAAUAUUGGCACGUAUAGCAUUUCAGUUUCAUCAUCUGAUGAUAAGAAUGCUUUGAAGAGUGUGUAUACCCGAGAAUUUAACUUUUGCGAGAAAGUCAAGGAGAAGUUGCACCCUGACACUUACCAGGAAUUUUUGAAAUGCCUUCACAUAUACAGCAAAGAGAUAAUAAACAGAACAGAGUUAAAGAAUCUGGUAAGUGAUAUCCUUGGAAAGCAUCUGGAUCUCAUGGAAGGCUUCAAUGAAUUUUUGGCCCAUUGUGAAAAUAUAGGUGGGCUUGUACAUGUUCCUAUUGAUGGAUUUCUCGAAGGUGUAUUCAACAAAAGGCAUACAGCUAGGCCAAUUAAGAUAGAGGACAGAGACAGAGAAAGGGAGCGGGACAUGGAUGAGCAGAAGGAUUCUGAAAGGGAGAGAAAUAAUGAAAGGGAAAGAGUUGACAAAGGUGCUCUUUACAAUUCUAAGGAGGGUGCUUCACACAAGGCUACUUUCUUCUCAAGCAAAGAAAAAUAUAAUUUAUGGAAACCAAUUUCAGAGCUUGAUCUCUCAAAUUGUCAACGUUGUACCCCAAGUUACCGUCUUCUGCCAAAAAAUUAUCCAAUUCCUCCUGCUAGCCACAGGACUGAACUUGGAGUGUCAGUAUUAAAUGAUGUAUGGGUAUCAGUGACUUCUGGAAGUGAGGAUUACUCUUUCAAGCACAUGCGCAAAAACCAAUACGAAGAAAGUUUAUUUAGAUGUGAAGAUGAUAGAUUUGAGCUGGAUAUGUUAUUGGAAUCGGUGAAUGUCACAACCAAGCGAGUAGAGGAAUUGCUAGAAAUGACACAAGAUCCUGUCAAAUCAGAAAAUCUAAUUCAUAUUGGAGACCAUCUUUCUUCUUUGAAUUUGAGGUGCAUUGAACGUUUGUAUGGAGACCAUGGUCUUGAUGUCAUGGACGUACUUCACAAGAAUGCUGGUCUUGCUUUGCCAGUCAUAUUAACCCGCCUGAAGCAAAAGCAAGAGGAAUGGUCUAGGUGUCGUUCAGAUUUCAAUAAAGUUUGGGCAGAAAUAUAUGCUAAGAAUUAUCAUAAGUCACUCGAUCAUCGCUGUUUCUAUUUCAAGCAACAGGAUACAAAGAGCUUGAGCACAAAGGCUUUGCUGGCUGAGAUUAAAGAAAUCAAUGACAAGAUGAAGGAGGAGGAUGACAUUCUUCUCGCUGUUGCUGCCAGAAAUAGGCGGCCUAUACUUCCCAACAUGGAAUUUGAGUAUGUAGAUGUAGAUAUCCAUGAGGAUUUGUAUCAGAUCAUUAAAUAUUCAUGUGGAGAAGUUUGCACAUCUUUGGAACAAGUGGACAAAGUCAUGAAGAUAUGGACCACCUUUUUGGAGCCCUUAAUGUGUGUUCGAUCUAGAAAUCAAGGUGAAGAAGAUGCUCAAGAUGCAAAACCUGAAAACCGUGCUGUCAAAACCAGUAUGGUAGGCGUGGGUGAAAAUAAUCGGAGUUCUGGUGUUGAUUGUGCUGGUGCUACCAGGCAAAACAAUGGUGAUGGGAACAUUUCACCCGAACAAGUAGCUCCAUGCAGAACUAAGUUGGCCAGUGGAGACACAACAGUUACUGAAAAUGGUUUUCAUAACAUAGAUCGAACAACUCGCCAUAGUGAAAAUCUUGGUAACAAACCACUGCAAGGAAGAGGGCAGGGCAGUGCUCCAAUGGCUGAUGAAGUGUCUGGAAUAAACGGACAAUAUGUACCUGCAGAGCCUUUACAGGAUAACAUUUAUGUUGCUGGUGGAGCUGAACAAAGUCAGAAUAGAACAAACCUGGAGAUCAUAUCAGGAGCUAAUAGUGCCUCUCUAAGAACUGGUCAUUUUGGAAUGGAAACAGUAGUUGAACCUCGAGCUACCAAUGAAAUUUUACCAUCUUCAGAGGGUGAACAAACUGGAAGGCCCAUUGUAUCAGCAAAUGGUGCUAGCACCACUGAAAACAACAAGGGUCACAGGCCUAAUGAAGGUUCUGCUUCCCUUAAUAACCUUAAGGUUGAAAGAGAAGAAGGUGAAUUGUCACCUACUGGAGAUUUUGGAGAGGAUAAUUUUGUGACUUUUGGAGAUGCUGCUAUAAAUGUUGCUCCUAAAGGGAAGGACACUUCUGCCAGCAGACAGUUCCACGUCAGACCUGGAGAAGUAGAGGCUUCUUGUGGUGAAGCUGCAGGGGAGAAUGAUGCUGAUGCUGAUGAUGAGGGUGAGGAAAGUGCUCAACGGUCUACAGAGGUUAGUGAAAAUGCAUCGGAGGCUGGUGAGGAUGUCUCAGGCAGCGAAUCUGGUGAUGGUGGGGAAUGUUCUCGGGAAGAUCACGAGGAGGAAGAGGAUGAUGCUGAGAAUGAUCAGGAUGGUAAGGCUGAAAGUGAGGGUGAAGCUGAAGGAACGACUGAUACACAUGAUGCUGAAGGAGAAAUUACCUCAUUACCAUUUUCAGAACGAAUUCUACACACGGUUAAGCCUCUUGCAAGGCAUGUACCUGCCGCAUUACAUAACAAGGAAGAUAAAUAUUCGCGGAUUUUUUACGGAAACGAUUCAUUUUAUGUGCUGUUUCGUCUUCAUCAGACUUUGUAUGAAAGGAUACUCUCAGCCAAGACGAACUCAUCAGCUGCUGAAAAGAAAUGGAGAAGUUCUAAAGAUACAACCCCUCCUGACUUAUAUGCCAAAUUUAUAAGUGCUCUAUACCACCUACUUGAUGGUUCUGCUGACAAUACCAAGUUUGAAGAUGAUUGCCGUACGAUCAUUGGAACUCAAUCCUAUCUACUUUUUACGUUGGACAAGCUAAUCUAUAAAGUUGUUAAACAGCUUCAAGCAAUGGCUUCAGAUGAGAUAGACAAUAAGCUUCUUCAACUCUCCUUGUAUGAAAAAUCAAGGCGAUCGGGCAGAUCUUCUGAUUUAGUUUAUCAUGAGAACAUUCGUGUGCUUCUUCAUGAUGAGAACAUAUACAGAUUUGAAUGUUUUUCACAGUCUUCAUAUGUGACCCGGCUAUCCAUUCAGCUUAUGGAAUAUGGACACGAGAAGCCCGAAGCCACUGCUGUCUCUAUGGAUCCCAGCUUUUCAGCUUAUCUUUACAGUGAUUUUCUGUCGAGUAUUCCAGACAAGAAAGGAGCAGAGGGUGUCUUUCUGAGAAGGAACAAACGCAAAUAUGGGGAUGAUGAUGAAUAUGCUUCUACUUACAAGGCCAUGAGUAGGUUCCAAGUUAUCAAUGGUUUGGAAUGCAAGAUAUCUUGCAGUUCCUCAAAGGUGUCUUAUGUGCUAGACACAGAAGAUUUCCUGUUCCGAGGGAGAAAGAAAAGGAUAUAUUCUUGUGGGGGGACCAUUAUUUGUGGCCAAGCUCAACCUUCACAAGCACAUGAUGCAAAAGUACAGCAGUUUCAUCGAUUCUUAUCCAGAUCCUAGAGCACCUUGCCACAAGAAAAGUGUGGCUGUUUGUCGAGUCAAAAAAUCCAACCCGGCAGCCCUCCCCUCAGCUGCGAUACUGAAAAUUCUGGCAUUUUCUUUUUCGCCUCCUGCAUCUUGCUGUCCUGGAAAUAAUAGCCAGGGAGAAUUCUGGUACAUACGGCGAUCAUUAUAACUUCAUUCUAGUGGCUUUACAAUCACAUAUUUGUAUAUAUGUAUGACCCUCAACUUCCUUGCUCGCAUGGAUAUUCCAAGUUUCUUUUCCCCGUGCCCUCGGCUCACAUAUUGAUUGUCUACCAGAACACACUGUAACAUUGAGAUGUAACCUGCUUACUCCUGUAACAAGUGUAGGUAUCAGCGGCCUGUACCUUGUAUGUGAUCGUUAGGAAUAUCUAGUGAUUUGCAUCUUGUUGAGGGAGUUGGGACGGCGGUCCGUUUGAUGUAAACUUUUCUUGUGAAUUGUCUUGUUCCCAGCAGGAGUUGCAAUGUGAUUCUGGUCACCAAAUUGUUGCUUUUGGUUUAA